AUGUCUUUUGUAGCUAAUACCAAUCCAAUUAGUGAUUUUGUUAAACACGAAUCAUAUACUAUACCGCAGCCGGUGAAUUCACUACCGAUCAAAAGACUGUUUGAUUAUAGGUUUGGUAAAUUAAAAGAAUCAACCAAACUACCUCGAGAAUUUCAAUUGAAUAAUACUUUAUUGGAUGAGGAAAUCAUCUUGAAGAUAAAAAUGGUUGGGGUCAAUUAUGGGAAAGACUUUGAGUUACUUAAACAUGAUAAGUUCAAUCCCAAAAUUAAUAUAGUCCCAGGUAAUAAAAUCAUUGGGAAAAUAUUAAAUGUAAUGAAAAAUUCUAAAUCAAGUGAUUUCCUUAAUAAUAGUCAUAAAUAUAUGGUUUUUCCUUAUUCAAAUUGUUUAAUCCAAGAUACAAAUAACUUAUGUUUGAAUUGUCAACAUCUUUUCCAUAAUCAGAUCAAUCUCACCAGUGCUAAUUACCAACAAUAUUCCAAAUUCAAAUGUAUGAGACGAUGGGAAUACGGUUAUACUAUCGAUGGUGGUUUACAGGAUUUUCUCAAGAUCAAAAAGCCUGUUGAUACUUUAAUUAAAAUACCCGAUAGUAUAAGCUUACAUGAUUGUGUCUUUUCAAUGGAAAUUUUAUUACCGUUCUACUCUUUUCUUAAGAGCAAUUUUUACAACUUUCAAACUAAUCAAUUGUCGGUCGAUGGCCGAGUUUUAAUUAUCCUAAAUGAUAUUUCUAAAGAAAUUAAUGAUAUUUUAAUUGUAUUGAAAUAUUUCAAUAUUGACCAGAAAAAUUUCUCCUUCAUUGAUGCUGGUAAAAUUCAUGAAUUAAUGAAUUCAGAUUUCGAAGACGAAAAAGUAUCUUAUAAAUCAAUUUUUAAUCAUAUCUUCAUCUUCAGUUUAAGUGACUUGAACAUUUCUUUUGGUCUUUAUUCAAUCAUUUCAACUGGGUUAGAAUCAACAAAAUCUCGUUAUAAUCUUGUCUUAUUUGAUCAAUAUAAUCCAAAUUGUUUGAUUAAACAUAAAUCUUUAAACAAAUAUCAUCCAGAUAAAUUCAUUCACCAUUAUGAACUUUCUUAUAAAGACCGAAUCAAUUUGAUUGAAGUAUUAUCAAUAAUAUCCGACCUUAAUACGUCUUCAAAAUCUUCACCCCUUGAUUCUUUAGAGAGUACAAGACCUUCGGUGACAAGUAUUGAAACUUCAGCUUCGACUUUUUCAAUCCAUUCAGACUCAACUUCAAAUACCGUUCUAUCGAGAAAUGGCUCUCAAAACCAUCAUCAACAAAAUUCAAAGAAAAAACAAAUCAGAUUCAGAGAAGAUGAAUCAAUCAUCGAUGCUGAACCUCCACUUCAAAAGGAGAAACAAAAGCACCAAAAUAAGCACAAACAUCAAAAUCACUUUUCAUGGCUCUACUACGAUAAAGACUUUGAUCUUUGUAACGAUUAUGAAUAUUCAGACGAUGAAAGUGAAGAUGCUUUUGAUGACUUAUAUCAAGAAAGUUUUGGAUUUAGAAAUGAAAAAUCAAACUUUAUCAAAAUGCAUACCGUUAGACAAAUUAAUAUGCACCUAAAUUCUAAUCAAUCCUUAUCAAGAGUUUGUUAUACCAAUAAAUCAAAUAAACCAGUGAAAAUUAAUGCCUUUAUCUUUACUUGA